ACUGGGAGAAAAGAAAAAGGGGACCCACUGAACAUUGCCAUUGACAAGAUGACCAAAAAAACAAGGGAUCUACGAAGACAGCUACGGAAGGCAGUGAUGGAUCAUAUAUCUGACUCAUUCCUGGAGACCAAUGUUCCAUUACUUGUUCUUAUUGAGGCUGCAAAGAGUGGGAACGAGAAAGAAGUGAAGGAAUACGCUCAAGUUUUCCGUGAACAUGCCAACAAGUUAGUUGAGGUUGCCAAUCUGGCCUGUUCUAUCUCCAAUAACGAAGAAGGUGUGAAGUUAGUCCGUAUGGCAGCAACCCAGAUUGAUAGUCUAUGCCCACAGGUAAUAAAUGCUGCACUCACGUUGGCUGCCAGACCCCAGAGCAAAGUAGCUCAGGACAACAUGGACGUCUUUAAAGAUCAGUGGGAGAAACAAGUGAGAGUUCUCACUGAGGCAGUUGAUGACAUCACUUCUGUGGACGACUUCCUCUCUGUCUCAGAAAACCAUAUUCUGGAGGAUGUGAAUAAAUGUGUGAUCGCCCUCCAAGAGGGGGAUGUUGAUACACUGGACAGAACUGCAGGUGCAAUCCGUGGUCGUGCAGCCAGAGUCAUUCACAUCAUCAAUGCAGAGAUGGAAAACUAUGAAGCUGGAGUUUAUACCGAGAAGGUACUGGAAGCUACAAAAUUGCUCUCCGAAACUGUUAUGCCACGUUUUGCUGAACAAGUUGAGGUUGCCAUUGAAGCUUUGAGUGCGAAUGUCCCACAGCCAUUUGAAGAGAAUGAAUUCAUAGAUGCCUCCCGCUUGGUUUAUGAUGGAGUUCGUGACAUCAGGAAAGCUGUUCUGAUGAUAAGGACCCCUGAAGAGUUAGAGGAUGAUUCAGACUUUGAACAAGAAGAUUAUGAUGUUCGCAGCCGAACGAGUGUUCAGACUGAGGAUGACCAGCUUAUUGCUGGGCAGAGUGCAAGGGCUAUCAUGGCUCAACUGCCUCAGGAGGAGAAGGCUAAGAUUGCGGAGCAGGUAGAGAUAUUCCACCAAGAAAAGAGCAAACUGGACGCUGAGGUAGCCAAAUGGGAUGACAGUGGUAAUGACAUCAUUGUGUUGGCAAAGCAGAUGUGCAUGAUUAUGAUGGAAAUGACGGACUUUACUAGAGGUAAAGGACCAUUGAAGAAUACAUCUGAUGUCAUUAAUGCUGCCAAGAAGAUUGCAGAAGCAGGCUCUAGAAUGGACAAAUUGGCACGAGCUGUAGCUGAUCAGUGCCCUGAUUCAGCUUGCAAGCAGGAUCUGUUAGCGUAUCUACAGCGCAUUGCCCUCUAUUGCCACCAGCUCAAUAUCUGCAGCAAGGUGAAGGCAGAAGUGCAGAAUCUUGGAGGAGAACUUAUUGUAUCAGGGCUGGACAGCGCUACGUCCCUCAUCCAGGCAGCUAAAAAUCUGAUGAACGCUGUGGUCCUUACUGUGAAAGCAUCAUAUGUGGCUUCUACGAAAUAUCAGAAGGUCUAUGGUACAGCUGCAGUGAACUCACCUGUUGUAUCUUGGAAGAUGAAGGCCCCUGAGAAGAAACCCUUAGUAAAGAGAGAAAAGCCAGAAGAAUAUCAGACACGAGUGAGAAGAGGUUCCCAGAAGAAACACAUUUCCCCAGUACAGGCUUUAAGUGAAUUUAAAGCUAUGGAUUCCUUCUAAAACACUAGGCGUUACCAGGAGGGUUUUAUAUUCCUUUUUGUAUGCAUACCUGCCGACUUGUAUGCGUCUGGCAUGGGGGGAAAAACUAAUGAAGCAGUGUCAAUUUGCAUGCAACCUGAGGCUCUAUUAAAGUAAUUAACAAUCUGCAACCCAUGAAUGCAGACCAAUCUAUUCUGAUGUUACAUGGAGUUAUCCCAAGCUUACUUUCUUAAACUAUAGCCUAAAAUUGGCCAAAGAAUUUUCACCUCAAGUGUGGGGAUAAAUAAUAAACUGAAAAGCAAAACUUUAUGCAUGCAAGAAACAUUAAGUUGGCAGGUAUAUUUAAAAGAAAAAACCUGGAAGUGUAAUGGUAGACCAUAAAGCUCGUAUUGCUUCUGUUACAGUGCAAAAAUGUACUAGCCAAUAUGCUUAAAUGUGUGGCCCAAUAAUUAAACAAUUUAACUUUUAAGUCAUCUUCAUCAUAGUAUGUGAAUUUUGAACAAGGAUAAAAACUAAUCCAUUUUAAAAAGGCUUCCUUUAAUCCAUAUUUUAUUCUUUAUAUUCUAAUAGUGGUUAUGACUAUGCUCAUGUUUCAAUUAAUCCCAUUAAUAUGGAAAAAAGUUUUACUUUUUGCCAAUUGAAUUCUUUAUGGUGAAGUAUGAAGCACAAUAUGGUGAUUGACAUUGCCUUUUAUAUUAUUAUUAUUAUGUUAUUGUUAGAAAUAGAAGACCUGGUGGUGGAAUGCUUAGACACAGAAAUUGAUUAUGUGAGAGUUUAGAGGCAAAUAUGUAGGUGUAGCUUGGAUUACAGGUAUCUAAUAUACCAUUGUAACCACUAAAUCUCAAUAAACUCAUUUAACCUUGGAA